AUGGAGAUUGUAAUUUUGACUAUAUGCUGGCCUGUAGUAAAGGGAGGGGCUGACAAGGUGGUAAAGCGGUGCACAUGGCGCGAACCAGGGAACUUCAACAGCAAUCUAUCGGCACUCACCUGGACUGCCCAGCUCAUCCUGUUCGACUUCGUGUGCUUCCAGAAGCAGGACGACGAAGACGGAAUCCCCGAUCUGCUGGAUCAAAUGUGCAAGAAGUACUUUCAGCAGAUGGCGGAGACACCUUUCGGGCAUGUACUGCAAUGGAGGCUAUAUCUCUUUGCGGCCUCCCGCACCAGUCUUACCAAGCACCAAGCCCGCUGGUCCCUUGAUGGGGAAACGGUCGACUAUAUGGGGACGAAGCUACACAUGGAACAAGUGACACAGCUGGUCGAGUCUGAGUUCCGCCAGGCGCACUCGCUUCUGUAUGAUAAGCUCUUGUUUGGAAUGAGGGAUGUUGCUCCGAUCGAGGCGUGGAGGCUGCACGACGAUCUAGAUGUAGACGACUACGGCGCUUCGUGGUUGACAGACGGGAGGAAUCGAGAGAUACUGGCGGGGACGCAUGACGCCCUGCUCCGACAGAUCGAAGAGAGGGCGGAUCUACGGCAGGUAUUCGUGCGGCUGGAUCCAGACGGUGGGGUUCGCCUCUGCCCCAAGGCGAUAGCUAUCUAUGAGGCGCAUGUUCAGGAGUUCCUCAAGAGGAUGCUGGCACCCAUCUCGGUUCCUUCGGGCCCUCCAUUACGCUCCCCAGAACUACUCUCCAUCACGUACAUCAACACGGGUGCCCGCCGCCGAUCGGUAUUUCUGUGGGAGAAGAUGGUCAUGAUAUAUGUGCGAUACAGUAAAAGCCAGGAACAGACCGGGGAGGAGAAGGAUAACAUCAGGUUCCUACCCCCGGCCGUUGGAAACCUCCUCUUGGCAUAUCUCGCGUCCGUGCUGCCGUUGCGUCAGGCCUUUCUGCGUCAGAGCAAGCCGGGGGCUCUACUUUCGCCAUACCUAUGGUCAAAGCUUGGUGGCGAGGUCUGGAGGGACGGUAUGGUCUCAUCCUGCCUCCGGAGGGCAUGUAUGCGGGCAGAGGUGCCCCAGUUCCAGGUGGCAUGGUGGCGCCAAGUUGCUGCUUCUAUUACAAAGGAGAAGUUCGGCGCCAGGGAGCAGGCUAAUUUCGACAUGGGUGAGAUCGCGGCAUCUGAAGAAGUUGAGGAUGAAGCGGAUCUUGCGUACCUUGCCGGGAUGAGCAAUCAUAGUUUCCGGACAUUUAACUAUAGCUAUGCCGGCAGCACGACCUUGACCGUGACAAGCUCACUUCACCGUGCCUACCGAGCGUCUCAAAGCUGGCGGUCUCUGUUUCGGAUCGAUCAAGUACUCCAGGGUAAGCGGCCCCCUACCGUAUCGGAUACACAAGCGCAAGGGCUACUCGGUGCUUGCAAGAAGGUACGGUUUCGUGCAAGGCCGGCUGCCAAAGAAUAUGGAAUCAUCGCGGCCGCCCGUAGGCUGCAUAACGACCCAGAGCUACAGUUGCGUCGCCCUGGUCAGCGGGAUGCCAUGCUGGCGACCAUGGGUCCACGUGCACCUGAGCAGGUCAUCGUCGUUCUUGCAACGGGUUCGGGGAAGACAUUGGUAUUCAUGGUCGGAGCCACACUGGCGGGAGCUGAAACAACCAUCCUGAUCCUUCCCACUGUAGCCUUACGUGGUAAUAUGCUCGGGCGUCUUGAUAAAGUCGCGCUAAAGCACCAUAUCUGGCGCCCAGGCUCGAAGAAAUCAGCCCCCAUCGUUGUUGUAUCGGCCGAGGCAGCUUGUACAGAGGCGUUCCUAGAGUAUGCCAAUCGACUGUCUGAUAGACAGUGUCUAGAUCGGAUCGUGAUCGAUGAAUGCCAUCUCACGAUCACAGCAAGCUGUUACCGACGAAGUAUGUCGCAGCUAGCAUGGCACGUACGGCAGAUUCGUACACAGACUGUCUGGCUGACAGCGACACUACCACCAAUCUAUCAAGAGCUUUUCUUCGAGCACAAUAAGCUCGUGCGGCCGCAUAUCGUCAGAGAGUCAACAAAUCGUCCUAACAUCCGAUACAUCGUCCAGCAAGAACGUGGGCUAGGCAAUCUAUGUGAGCAGGCAGCUUGUCUUGUACAGUCUUGCUGGACCCGGACAGACCUGUUCAAGAGCGAGCGGGACCGGGUCAUUAUAUACUGUCCGACGAAGGAUCUCGUGGCAGAGCUUGCUGACAUGCUCGGCUGUCCGUCCUACACAGCCGAGUCCGGCACAGAAGAAGAGAAGAUGGCGAUCAUAGAGCGAUGGCUAACGGCAGCCGAUUCGCCCAUCAUCGUGGCGACGUCAGCGCUGGGUCCUGGGUUUGACUACCCUCAUAUUCGAUUGGUCAUUCACGUCGAUGCCCCGAGCCUUCUGACGGAUUUCUCUCAGGAGUCAGGUAGAGCGGGUCGGGAUGGCGAAGUAGCCGAGUCGAUCGUUUUACUUAGUGCAGCCUGGCAGCCGCAGUUAGGUCGACCUGUAGCAGCAGAUAAAGAGGCCAUGCAACUGUAUCUUUUGCAGGAAUACUGCUCGCGCGGGGUCUUGAGCCAAUUCCUUGAUAGCAAACCUGACUGGCGGUGGUGCAUGGAGGGCGAUGAGCUCUGUAGCGUUUGUCCCGAGCAUCAUGUGCAAUGCCGACCGCCUACCCUAGAGUUCCAUCUACCACGGCCCCUACGUGAUGAGACUGAAGCCGGACAGGACGGGGACAACGGCAGCGGUGACGUUGCCGUUAGUGAGAUGAUCUUUACUGGACCUGCCGAGGUGCUCCAUCAGGACCAAGUACGUGAUGAAGAAUUGAGUCGGUAUGAAAGAGAUCUUGAGACAAUGAAAGGCUGCCGUCUCUAUUGCCGCGUAGAAGGAAAAUCGUUUGAGCAUACCGUAACAGCUUGUGCUCGACGUUUUGAUUGGAUUCGAGCUAAGCAAAAAGCACUUCGAGACUGUCAGAGCAAGAAGAAGGAAUGGAUGGACCGGCACGCUGUGUGCUGGAAGUGUUACCAGCCGCAAGAGAUCUGCCGAGCUGCGGAUCCAGAGUACGAAGGGGACAACUCAUGCCAAUACCCAGAUAUGGUAAUGCCUCUAUGCUUUGGCGCAUUUAGUCAACCAGGCCGUACUAAAUGGUUCUUGAAGCAUUUUAACGAGUCAUUUAAGACAUGCCAGGAAUACAUGUUGUGGCUUGGUAAAGGUGCCUCUCUAGGCGGUAGUCGAUGUGUGAACGCCAACUGUGUAGCUGCUCUUUUACUGGGAGAGUUUGAGUAG